AUGGGUUUAAGUUCAGAAAGCCAUAAUUUAUUAGCUUCCAUCUUAAAAGAGCAAAAAGCUGAAUCUAUUCCUUAUCAAGUUGUUAAUAAUCUAAAUGACAAUAAAUCAGUUGAUAAGGUUGUUAGUCAGUUUGAAGAUAUUUUAUUUGCUGAAUCUGAUCCUGAAUUUGAUCAAAAAAUAGAAGAGGCGGCACUUAAAAUUAAUGAUUUGAAGGAAAAAGGAGAAGCUAUUGACAAAGAAAUUAAAGAGUUAAAAAAGAAAUAUAAUGAUUCACUAGAAAAAAAACAAACUGUUUUAGAAACUAAGGUUAAUGCAGCAGUUGCUGCUUUAAAAAAUGAUCUUAGAACUGUUGGUGCAGGUGGUCACAGGUUUUUUGAAGAAACAAUUAAGAGUAAUAAAAUUGUUUCAGAAGAAAAAUAUAAAUCUGAUACCUCUGCUAUUCCUGGUGAAACUUAUGGUUCAGUGAUCAAAACUAAUGUUAAUGCUAGCAGCAAUGGUAAAUCUUAUACUAACGCUGUUUAUUUAAGUAUGGAUUUUCAAGGUUUAAAAUUAAAACUUUUUGGCUUUGGUGAUAAAAGUACAAUGACUGGUGUAAGUAAUGAGGGAUAUGUCAAAGAAAAUAUGGAAACUCACCGAUAUAUGAGUGACAUUUUCUAUGUCAUGCAUGCUCUCUUUCCUAAAGAUAGUGAGGAUGCUAGUAUUAUUGGAAAGAAUUAUGUUACUUCUCCUGGUGGUAGUGUUAGUAUUAUGAGAGCUCCUUUUCCUUGUGAAGUAAAAAAAUUAACUUGGGCCAAUGUAUUAAGUUCUGAUGCAGUUAAUGAUGAAGUAAUUCGAGAUGAAAUAUCUGUUUAUGAGAAUAAAAUUCGUCUUAAAUAUUCUUUACUUGCCAAUAGUAGUAUUUUAGUUGAUAAAUAUGAAAAAUAUGUUGAAAAUUUACUCAAAGGUUUAACAGAGGCAGGUACUACUACUCCUAUCUUUCAAAAAGGAGAAUUAGAAAGUCUUCAAGCAAAAAAUUUGAAAUAUGAAGAUAUAAAAGACAAAAUUUCUGUUUUUCCUUCUUAUACUAUUAAAUUAAUAGAGGCAUAUCCAGGAAAUAAAGUAGUUGACAAAUUUGAUGAUGAUGUGACAAAUGAAAAUAGUGCAAAGUGGAGUGAAUUAGCUGAAGUUAAUGCUGAAAAAGAUAAAAUUAAUACUGAAAAAGAAGCAAUAGAAGAUAGAAAAAAUAAAGCCAAAAAAGAAAGUUUAAAAACUGAUGCGACUUUUGAUCCUGCUGCCGAAUUAGCCAAAUUAGAUGUAGCUGAAACUAAUAAUCAAGUUGUAAAAAAUUAUUUGCAAAGUAUAAAAGAUUCUUUGGAAUCAGUAGGGCGGGGAUUAGAUCCAGUGGAACAAAAUGAAUUAGAUCAACUCACUCACUAUAUUGAGAAUGGUGAAGUUCCUUCUCCUGAAAGGAGAAUUCUGCCAAUGGAACUCAAAGCAGCUUUAGGAGCUAAUGAAAUUAAAGAACUGGCUGACAGAGUUAAUGGAGCAAAAAGUAAAAUCAAUAAAGCUGAACUUAUCAAAUACUGUAAAGAAGUCUUGGCUAAAAAACCUGAACUAAUUGAUGAUACUUAUGACCUUCCUAAUGACCAAGCUAAAGAUAAUCUCAAAAAACAAAUCCUGAAAAAGAUGGAAGAUUAUAAAGAAGAUCAAAAAGGAUUGGUUAGGUUAGAUCUCUCAGUUUAUGGAGAUGGUAAAGAAUUUAGUGAAGAUGGAAUUAUUAAGUACUAUACUGAAAAGUUAGGAGGACAAGAUCAUGCCAAGAAGCACUAUAAAAAGUCUUUUGAGGAUAAUAAACAAGAAAAUUUCUGA